GCAACAUAUUGUACAAGAGGAGACCAAGUUCAUAUCUUGGACCAAAGACUGUCAGUGCACUUUACAUCAUGGACAUAGCAGUGGAAAACCCAGACGGGAAAGCCACCAUAUUCAGCCAAAGCAAUCCACUGUACGACCUGGAUAUGAGACUUAACAGAGCUGACCACUUUGAGCUUGAAAACAGUGAUUCAACAAAAAGGACAGAGGGAGAGGGGACAGAGGGAAGGAGGUGCCUGAAGCUGGUUGUGGUGUAUAUGAUUCUGCUAACAGGAGUGAAUGUGUACCUGGCUUACAAAGUGUUUAAGCUGCAGGCUGAUGUCUACCAUGCUACGGGGGCGUUGGGCAAGACCGGGUUCGAGAGACUGUCGGCCUCCUCCAACGAGCUCCCUCUAGGGACGCGGCCACCCCCCGGCUGGGGCGAGGACCUGCUCCCGUUGCUGAGGAACACCAGCCUGGAUACCGCCACCUUGAGCAGGAGCCUGGGAGACCUGCAGGUCCGAGUGGACGGCCUUAGCGGAGCGGGCGGGGACCUGGGACAGCUUAGGGUGGGGCUGGGCAUGGUCAAUGCCACCACGCUCCGGCUGCUAAGCAGAGUGGAAAACCUGCGGGGCAUCCCAGGCCCUCCCGGUACUCCUGGUUCAAAAGGACAGAAAGGAAACGCUGGAGCCGACGGUUCCCCUGGUUCAAGGGGCGAAAAAGGUGCCCCAGGGAACAAGGGGCCCCAAGGUGCUCCAGGUACAAAGGGAGAAAAAGGUAGCCCAGGUGAAGCUGGCAAGAUUGGACUUAGAGGCUCAGAUGGCAGCAGAGGGAAUCCUGGACCACCUGGCUCACCUGGACCCAGAGGACCUGCAGGGCAGCCAGGCCAAACAGGUUCAAAGGGUGAACCAGGACAACGAGGGCUGGUUGGACAGCCAGGUGCUCCAGGUAUGAAGGGACAAUCAGGGGCUGCAGGUGCUCCAGGACAGAAGGGACCAGCAGGAGAUAAAGGGCAGGCAGGAGACCGUGGAGUCACAGGAUCUCAAGGAGUGCCUGGCCCUCCAGGAGAAAAGGGCUCUAAAGGAGAUAAUGGAAUUCCUGGAGUGGCUGGGGUGGCAGGACCCCGUGGGCUCCAAGGGAUGAAGGGGGAGCCAGGUGUAAAAGGAGACACAGGUGCUAGAGGACAGACAGGAUCACCAGGAAUCCAGGGACGUCCGGGCAUCAAAGGGGACAGGGGGCUCACAGGGUUACAAGCGGCCAAAGGCAAUGCAGGGGACAAAGGCGUGAAAGGAGAGCAAGGUGUCCAAGGACCACAAGGACUAAAGGGUCAAAAAGGGGAAAAGGGGUGGAAGGGCGCCACAGGUGGCAUUGGCCCUCAGGGUCCACGUGGUGAGAAAGGGGACAAAGGAACUCCUGGUGCGCGAUCAUCCGUUGUGAGGAUUGUCGGUGGGGGGGGGCGUGGGCGAGUGGAGGUCCUGAACCAAGGCCAGUGGGGGACAAUUUGUGACGACAGCUUUGACACCCUGGACGGGAUGGUGAUCUGCCGAAUGCUGGGCUACCAGAGAGCAGUCAGUGUGUACACUGCUGCUGGAGGAACGGGCAGAAUUUGGCUGGAUGACCUGAGGUGUACAGGCAGUGAGCCCAACAUCUUCACAUGCCCACACAACGGCCUGGGAAUCAACAACUGCAACCACGAUGAAGAUGCUGGGGUGUCAUGCGCAUAACACUUCAUUCAACACUGCUUAUUCUGAUCAGCAUUUCCUUCAGCAGGUGCGCCUACAAUGGGCAACUUUACUGUAUAAACACGCAUACAUGCAAAAAUGCAAAUAUAGACAAGCUUAUAUUGGUUUUUAGAUGGAUUUUUGGUCUAAUCCUCAAGUUACCUGACAUCAUUCUUAAAGCAACAUGUACACAUUUUUUCUGCCAUAACUUGGAAUUAUAUUAUAUAUUAUAUUAUAUUAUAUUAUAUUAUAUAUGAGGAUAAUACACUGUGCCACAUUGUAACUUACAUUUUUAUAUUCAACUAUUACAUUCUCUAUUAUUUUUUAAUUCAAAAACCAUGACAAGCCCCCAACACCAGUCUAUAGCCCAGCUAUCAAAAUUAAAGCUGAAUAAAAAUCCUGAUUUCUAAGCCUCUUUUGACUUUUAGUAUUAACAUAGUUUUUCUUACGGUUCAAUACUGUGAGGCAUGUCUGCCCUCAGGCUCCACCUAAAAAUAAAGUAUAAUAAAAUAAAAUAUGGUGUCACAGUUGUCACCUCAGUUAUAAUGACACUGCAAGGAUGAAAUAAAUUAGAAUAUUCUCAUUCUUGAGAGAACAUGGAAGUUCCAGGCACAGGAGCACUUGACUCCCUUAUGAGCUUAAUAAUGUCUGAAGACACAGAGGGGAGAAAACAGUUAGCCUGCUUUCCACAUGCUUUAUCAGACUAGAAAGGCAUUUUGAUAAGUAUGCAUUUUUGAUAAGUAGGUUUCGUCCAUGAAUAUGCAUCCUACAGAGGCAAAGUGACCGGACAGGUCAGGAUUGGAGUCAA